AUGAUCGAUUACGGGCAGCGCAAACCACGAGGAGAGAGGCAGACAGAAUUCUAGUUCUGUUUGAAUUCUUUUGUCCUCUGUUUUUGUACCUUUCGCCGCCUGUCAUCAAGAGCCAAGUGAAGGUCAAAGCCAGGCAUGCUUGAAAGUAACAUGUAGCAGCAUUUGGUUAACACCGAGUUUGAUGUGCACUGACUCAAGGCGCACUUGAGCAUGCUCAUGUGACAAGAUUACUAGGUCAUACAUUUUAUCAUGAUAUUGAUCAUCCGCAUAUUUAAUGUGUGUCAAACAGAAACAUCAAACAAAGUCUCAAGGGCUUCGAAUUUUAAUGUGAGUUGUCUGCAUUUUUUUACUUAGACAAAUGCUGCAUUUAGACAUAUGUUUAAAUAUACAAAAGGCCCUUGUUUUCCAAUAAUUUUGCCCCAAAAGUAUUGCUCGCUCUGACAAGAUGCUGAUUUUAGAACAUUAACUGGUUUGGUUUUUUUUUUAUGUACGUGCAACAUGUUUCUACCUCUUUCUCACUGUGCAUGUGCUUCUACUUUUAAUCUCUCUUGUCACCCCUUACCCCUUUUCCAGCUCGAUAGCAAACUGAUUGACUUCCGGUUAACCUCCCUACCUUUCGCACCUCAUUUCUCUCAGUUUUUAGAUUCUAGUGCUAAGAAGCCUUUUAAAUUGUUGCGUUUAUAAAUGCGCGACUUCUUUAGUUCUUCGUCUGCUUUUUUUUUUAGUGUGCUUGAAACAUAUUAAACCAUGGAGCAAAAACAAAUUUUCUAAUGGCAUGACAGCAAUGUGAUGUGUUGCAAAGCAAGCAUAUAUGCUGGAUUUCACGCAUGUUUAUUGCACGGCGUUACUGUUGAAAAUCGCAAGAGCAUGUGUAAGGCCAAGCUUCUAGUUAAAUGCUUCUGUUUCUAUUAACAUUGCACCUAUGAAACCAUGAGUGUGGUAACUAUAGGCACACAAAUAUUUUAAGAAUAAAAUACCCGAUGUGCAACUUAAGAUGUCCAUUUAUUUAUUUAACUUGUUCGUAAUGUGCUAAACGAUCGCCAUUUUUUUCUAAACUGCUCAUUUGUGAAGCGCGAAUAAAGUGCCAGUUUUUUGAGUGACUGUAUUUAUGUAUGUCUAAUUCCGUCGAACAGAUCACGUGUUUUCAUUGCAGUAGAAAAGCCCGCGCAUGCAUAAUGACGCGAUGCAGGUGAGCUGGAGAUAUAAAAGCCGCGUUGAACAGGAUUCUGCAUUUAACUGCUGCUUUCAAUGGCUGUGACAUCACCGAGUUUAUUUUUUUUUCUUUUUUGCUCUCUGAUCACAAUUGUUUGCGUCAUAAAGAGCAGCUGCACUGCAAUACUCGACUGUCAUACGAAGAAGCCAACUCAAAAACACUUUCACUUUCUUUUUGCGCGACAUGUAAGAAAUUGCUGCUCUCCGUUCCGCUGCACAUAGACUAGAAAAAGGCUCAUCUGCAUUUUGCAAUUUACGCUUAUAAAUACGCCUUUCGUAUUCGUACCUCAGGCGAGCUAUGAUCAAGCGCGCACAACAGAAAGAAAAGGUGUUCGCACACGCGCCCACGCAGUUGCGAGCGUCUUUUAUUUUCGCAUUAUUAUUAUUUUUAUUCCUACGUUAAAAGGGUGAGGGGAGGGGGUAUUCCUGCUUCCAGAGUGAGUGAUAGGCUCUGUAAUGACGUGUGUGCGUGCGUGCGUCGUUUCAAUGCCAGAGGCGGCGGCACGCGGCACCUCACACGCUAGCGCUGUCAACGGCGGCGGCGCGUCGGAGGCCGGUUUCGAAACUACGUCAGAGCGCGCGCGAGGCUCUCGCCCGCUACGUGUUGGAGGCCGACCGGUCGAUGUCGCAGUAGACCCAGUAGACCUCCUAGGAACAGCUGCAGCUGUUGUGGUUAUGGGACUCGCGGCGAAGCCGCUGCACGGCCUCAUCGCGUAACAACAACGAACGGGGCGAGUUGUGGAGCUCCCAAAGGAGGCAGUGGCGGCACCUGUUUCGAGCAGCUACGCAUGAGGAGAGGCACCUCGGACUGCCACGAUGACGUCGUCAACGCUGGUUGAGACGGUGUCGCUGAACUACGAAGACUUCAGCGAAAACUUCCUCACGUGCAGCACAUGCCUGUGUACGUACGAUGGCCAGGAGCGCAGCCCCAAGCUGCUCUCCUGCUCCCACACAGUGUGCCGCAGCUGCCUCGAGCGCCUUGCUGCAGCCGCGCGAUCCCAGCACGAGGGCACGCUGAGGUGCCCCAUCUGCCGUGAGGCUGUGCCUCUGCCAGAGCCUGGGGUUGGGGCGCUGCCCCCCAGCUUCCUUGUCAACCAGCUGCUGGACCUCGUGGCCAGCCGGCGGCGUGAGGUUGUGCCCAAGUGCGCCCUCCACCCUGCGGGGCCAGAGUUGCUCUUCUGCGAGGCGUGUGACCAAGUGUUCUGCUCCACAUGCCUCGGUCCUGCCCACGCCGACUCCAGCCACACUGUCGUGCCCUUCUCCAUUGCUGUCAAGCGCAUGUCUGAGAUACUACUGUACAAAUCUCAACUGUGCCUGAGCAAACUGGAUGCAGCCGCGGAGGCAGUGAGUGCCGAGAUCACAAGGCUUGAUGCUGCUGCGGAAGAAGUAACGGACCAAAUCGAGGCCUCUUUUCGGGAAAUUCAGGACCUUCUGGAGCAACGGCGGAAGUCACUGUUGGCCACAUUGCAGGCACUCUGGGACCGCAAGAAAGAGGCCCUCGAAGAGCAGCUGAAUCAAAUCCAAAACGAGAGGUCUCAGCUUGAGCAGGAAUGCUGCACCCCCGAGAGUCAGCUUGAUGUCCGAAACCUCACAAAAAAGAUUGCCGACUUGGAUGUCAAGAUGGGUUCUCUAGAUCACUUGGCUGAACCGCGCGAAAACUGCUACCUCCAUUUUGACUGUGCCUACAACUCUGCUCUUGAUGACAUUGCACACGCUCUCAAGCUCUUUGGCAAGCUCGAGACAAGCCACACAUUUCCGCCCUUGUGUACAAUUAGCGUCAAGGACUGUCCGGCAUAUGUUAGGGCCUGUGCUUUGCUUCGUACCUACGACUGUGACGGUCGGCCUCAGACGGUGGGCGGGGAUCCUGUGACUGUGGCACUAGUGGCAUGUAAUGAGGAUCAGAAACCACUUGAUGUUCAAGUUAUAGACCGUGGCACUGGUGAAUAUGCUGUGACGUUUCAAGUUCCCCGUGUUGCGCGAUACCGCCUUUCCGUCUCAGUGCUGGGCCGACCCUUGCAGGGCAGUCCUUUCGAGUUUGCCGCCACCGACAACAUCGACCCCGACAUGGUGUUUGGCCGACGUGGAAACGGCGCCGACGGAUUCCAUCAGCCUGUGGCCGUGGUGUGUGGACCAGAGGGCCUGCUCUAUGUGCUGGACACAGGAAACUGCAGAAUUAAGGUCCUCACACCGGAACUUCGGUUUCUCCGUCACAUGACGGGAGUUGGCGUUGAAGAACGCGGUGGCACAGGACUUGCCAUCUCCCCAUCUGCAGGAACUCUGGUGACAUGCAACUGGAGGACCCGCAUGAUUACUGAGUUCACUGCUGAUGGGACCAUUGUUCGGACCUUCACACAUGCCGACCUGCAGGAACCCACAGCCCUUGCAGUCAACUCUAAGGGGGAUGCGUUUGUCGUGGAUAGCGGGAAACGCUGCGUCUUUAUUUUUAAGCAAGACGGCACGCUUGUCAGGAAGGUGGAAAGAAAAGUGCUGGCGCUGCCGACCAACUUCAACCCAAGUGCUGUAGCGGUGAGUCCGGAUGACAGCGUUCUAGUGGCGGACUCAACAAUACAUGUGCUAGACAUGCAUGGCAGCUGGCUCUCCAAAAUGUUUGUCGAGGGCAAGGGGAAAGGAAGAUUUGGGGGCAUCUGUGUCGAUGCACAAGGCAUUGUGCUGGCUGCUCGCUCUGAUCGCAGCAAGAACAACGUCCUGCUGUUUGACCGGGUCGGCGGGCAGCUCACCUACACAAUAGAAAGCAGGGGUAGCCGGCUGGGUCGGCCUCUUGGAAUCGCUGCACUCCCAGAUGGUCACGCUGUUGUGGUAGACCUUGGGAACGACUGUAUAAAGAAGUAUCGAUACAAGUGAUGUGGCCAGCUGUCCUGCUAGAGCCGUUUUGUGGGUCUGCGUUAUCUAGUAUUUCUAGGCAUCACUUGCUAGUCACCACAGAGGCACAUGCGUCUGUGGCCAUCUUUUCCAAGCUCCGUGUUGCAGCGCAGACAGGUCGAACAUCUCCUGAGCCAUUAAUGCUGCUGUAGUUUGCCAUAACAGUGCACUGGUAGAAUAGUGAACCAACAUGCUUUUCAGUUAUGAACGCAUUGGGUGCCUUCACAUCAUGAUCUAUGCGAUAUAAGUUUUAUUAAAGGGCCCUGAUAAUGUAAAACGAGCAUAGCAUACACAGUUUUGUAUGGCAGUGCUGAGUAACUUCACCUGUGGAGCUGAUAUGGUAGCAAUAUGCCUUUGAUCAAACACACAGCCUUGAUGUGCAAGAAGUGCUCUUCACAAAAGUACUCCAUGCAACUAAGCUUCAAUUGUAAUUUUUCGCAAGUUUUAAAAUUUUGCAUUCAUAGACGAAUCCUUUUUUUGAUAAAUUUGGGAACAAGUGUUUGCAGUGCGCAAUUAAAGCUGUAACUAAACUCUGUCAAUCAUUAUGUGCUUCAAAUCUUGGUACACCAAAUUUUCUUCGCUGCGAGACGUGUUGUGCCACGUUCGAGCUUUUGAUGCAUUGUCCAAUAUUCACGGUUGGCCACAACUGUCUGUAGUUGUAAUUACUGCUUUUCCUUUUUUCUCCCGUGUGAGCCAUACUGCUACAUAUCCAACACGUUUUGUGGUGCUUUCACGAUUAUGUACACAUCCUUUCAUUUAAAAAGGCACUUCAUUUUACAAAAUGACGCAGUCACACUGGUUAGUGUUUCACGUAAGAGCUAUUGCUAGGCUGACCUACAGUAUUGGCUUAUAGGGAGAUAUGUAUAGAAGUAUUUGGGGCUUUCUGCUCGACAUAAAAAUAGUCGGUGCCUGGAAUCAUGUUGUAUAGAGUAAAUGAUUGGUAGUGUCCUGUCACCGCCAUCCUAGAAUGCUUGAAAACGUGUCGGAGAGGCACUAAAGAAAAAAAUUAUUUAUAUUAGUAAAUUACCCAUCUGCAAUACCAAGAAAACCACUCUCUCCAUGAGAGGAGGGUUUGCACCACAGUGAGGUGCGAAAACAAUGUAAGAGAAGGACACCAUUCUUCCUCCGUUUGCACCCCCAUACCAAAAGUUCUGUGUUUAAAUCUUUCUUAUUGCACACCCAUGAACAAGGACUGUUUUAUAUGAAAUUGAUGUGGACACUAUGUAUUUAUCGCAGCAUCAAAAGCAGAGUGAAUAGUGAGUGAGCAUGACUGACCGGUAGCACAGUCACCCUGUCAGAUUCUUCCAUUUUCCUUUGCGUGGUAUCCACACAGAAAGACGUAAAUGUGCAAGAAUGGUUGUAGGCGGGGAAGGAAUGACACCACCCUCUCCUUUUGUUUUCACAUCUUGACUGGGCACUGCGCAACAUACGGACGAUGAGACUAUUUGCCACUCGCUCGCACGUCAAAAAGAUGACGAUAGGUAUAUGUAUAGUUUAUGUUAAAUACAGUCCGACAUAUCUGCAGUAGCACAACGGCUCAUAUACGUGAAAACGCCCUUGAAAUCUGCAACGUUACAAUGUACCAGUGCUAAGGUUUCGGUGAAGUUUUAAAAAUGCCAGUAAUAAACUCGUUGCAAAAUUGAUGAAAACACAGCUUUUAAAGAAUAAUUUAUCAAUUUAAACUAAUUUAGUGUCUCUCUUUAGAUUCCCUUUAAGAGAAAAUACUUUCUAAGCCCUGCAUUCUUGGAGCGGUCUGUAUCGCUUGUUUUGAAAUGUGUCUGGCACCGUGCAACCUUUUUUUUGGCACCACUUGGGUCACACUUGGCAAGCUACUUUAUAAGUGGCUAGACCUCAAGCCCCUGCUGUGGUUACUGUCAUGACAACAUUAAAGUUUUGAGGGAGAGAAGAUAAGUUUUGAAGUGUAACGUAUAAUUAUGUUUCGUGUGACAAGUGUUUAGAGAAUAAUAGUGCACAGCUAUUGGUAAAAAUUAAACCCAGAAACACAACAUAAAAUAAAGGAGCUUGCAUGUCAUCUGCUUUUGUUAGCAUAGAAUGAAGAGGUCCUUUUAACAUUGAACCAGUAAACAAAGUGCACGGAUUACCUGAAUUAUGUAUAAUUAUCAGGGCUGCUUUCAUUGAAAUUGCAGUGAUGCAUGCACUUAGUUAUAGCUUUAUUGUGCCAUUCUUGACUAUAUGAAAUAUAUUUCGCAGCACAGUCUAUCUGAAGCACUGGUAGAGAAGUCAAAAGCUUCCCCCCUAUGUUGCAUGCAGGCUUACUGGCAUAGUCAUGCUUUUACGAGUUUCUUUUGUGGACUGCAGAACACAGAACAACGGUCCUGUUGACAUAGAGUAGCUAGUCUUUUCUUGGAACUGAGUGCAAGCUCCACACCUAACUCCUUCACUGUCACAUAAUUGCACGCUCGUACGAGACUCUUGCAGCUGUUCCUAGUGCGUGCCUUGUAUUGCGUGACGUCAAUAGUGAAAUGCGCAGGUGGUUCCCCACAGGUGUUUUUGAAGCAUGUCAUGUGCUCCUUGUUUUUGUGCAAGACAUUUUGCAGCAGCCAUAUGCACAUCUCCAAUGGAUUUUUAAAAAAAGAAGAGGAAGAAAAGAAACUGCUAGUACAAAACAGCUUUGCAGUGUGCACAGAUGAGACAGAACAUAGGAACACGAAUAGAAUGAACGCAUUUCUUUUCUACUUUUUUCAUCCUUUUGCCAUAAUCUGUGGUUUACACUUAGAAGAAAUGUGUAAUUAGAAUUCGAGCCCUAAUUACAGCUGAAAUUAAAUACGAAGGCCUGAGGACUAAACUUUUUUUUAGUUUCUCUUUUUCGCUUAGAGAAAGCUUUUGUCUUGCCCCUUCUUAAUCAAAUACAUGCAGUGUGCAUAAUAUAUGCUUUCACUAAGCAACUGCUGAACCAGUUAAAAUAACAUUUGUGAAAUAAUAAAGACAAAAGUCAAAUUAUAGCAACUUUCACGAGUACAAGUUUGAACGAAAGUCGAGGUUAACACCUCUGUAACUUGAAACAAAAGCUGGCAUCAAAAUUCUACAAACCACAAUUGAUAAAGUAUUUAAAGAGGACAAAAUCAACAAGCUAAUUUGCAGUUCAUGUUAAAUGCUGACUUAUUUGUGCAGAAGUCUUGCAUGCCCACCUUAAAGGCCAACUGCAACAAAAUUUUGGGCUGCAUAAAAAGCCUAUUUUCAUAUAGCGUAGAUAGAGAGCAGCUUCUGGGCAAAAUUUUAAGUUUGAAAUGCGAGUGGGUGCCUCGAGAAAGGCUCACAGAUAUUGAAGCUGUUGAUACCGAAACUGAAAAAUAAAGAAUAAUGCCACCAUUACCGCUUGGCUGAAAAUGACUCGUGACUCGGACUGUGGGGCUCCUCACCGCGACCUCCUAGAUGGGGCAUUGCCUGCCGCUGCUCAUGGUGCACUGAAAAAUCUUGGAGGCGACGUGCUGGCAGUUACGUUGUAUCUUCUAGCCACCGGGUGGCAUGCGUCGUCUGCUUAGGAGCCAUGUAAAGGCUGCUAAUAAGAAAAUUUGGCAAUUACCAGCCUUGCAGCUAUGCUGAAAUUGCUUCAGUAGUGCAUACUACUAAUUUAGUUCCACCAAUUCAUAGCCAACGUGAAAUUUCAUUGUAGUUGUCCUUUAAAUCGUAUAACUAGCGCAUUCUAUAUAUGAUUUUGAUGCUUUAUUGCAGCAUUAUCAUUUUUAGCCUGAUGUUUCUAUUUGUCUUAUUUUUGUCAUCGUUUAACAAUUUUUCUUUAAAGAAAUACAACUUAAAUCAAAAUCUUUUCCAAACAGCCACUAGGGUUUGACUUUUUUUCCUCUAGAUAUGUAACAAAUUUCGUGCUAAUUGGUUCUAUGGUUGCUUAAUGACUGCAUUUCUGCAUAUAUUUGAAAAGGAAGGAUGUUUUAAUGUUUGACACUUAACCUAAUGCACCCUAUCUACAAUUCUUGCCCACAAGAAUGGCCUGAACCUAGAGCUAAUUUCGCACUAGUACUCACCCUUAAUGGUGUGUAUUGCAUUUUGUCUAUUUCAUAACCGUUAAAUUUGCCUAGCUUGGCAUUCAGUAGUAUAUAAAACACAUUUACCUCAUGUUCUGGAAUUUGUCAGUGUGCUGUAUCAAUGUUGUAGCAGUUGAUACUUGGUGGCACACAUUCAGCAUUACUGCUGACAAACCCUGAUAAGCAAUGUUUGAUUUCGGCCAUAGACGUCAGGAACAUGCAUUAGUUUGCUAUUGCCAAUUCUCAGUCAUAAGCUCUGCUGCAUGAUUUGGCAAUGCAGUUCACUACCGUAAGGAAAAUUUGCACGUCCUAGCCUUCUUGGAUUUUUUGCUCUUGCCUCAUAUGUGGGGAAGGCCCUUCCAAGUUCCUUGUUUUGUUUCACCCUUGUUAAUGUCCUCUUUUCUCGUACGUGAAUGACUGGCUUCCUGGAUUACAGAGUCCGCUGUCAAUGUUAUCUCUCGGUGGUCACACGUUGCUGCAGUUCUCGAGUUGGAUAAUAUUCAUUACACCCAGUGCGAUAGUGGCAGGCUGUUAAUUAUUGCCAGUUAAUGGGGCAGAAAUGUUGUGAGUGUCCCUCAACAGUGUGUGAUAACACCAGAAUGCCAUAAAUUUUUGGUUGGGGUUUUUUCAUAACUACAAUGCUAUUUCAGCACUAUUUGUACACUCUUGAGCUGUUCGCAAGAGUAACAGUGAAGGUGCGGCUAUACAUUCAAAUGUGUAUCGCUCUACUUUGAAUGUCACUUGUAACUAUAGAAAGUUGCUGGAUAAGAAAGAUCAGGCUGUUUUUAAAGCAUUUUGUGUUAUGAAUGAGAGUGGAAAGACAUUACACAGAUAUGGCUAAGGCUUGAUGUGAUGAUCAAGUCUUCAGUGCCUUGUCCUAAGUGGGCAUGCUUACGCAACAUGCGAGUGCCCCGAUAACCGGCAGAUUCAGUCUCUUUUUGAAGUUUCUCAGACAAAUUUGAUGAAUGUUGCAUUUUUUAAAAACAUAAUGCAGGCAUGUCCUCUCGUGCACGCGCAUGUUACUUUCAACCUUGCUUGUAGGCAGUCUUGGUGCCUUGCUUUUUGCAUGUCCUCUCUAGUCAUUUGCAGAAGAGUUGUGUAUGAUUCAUUCCAGGUAAAUUAUUUCGGAAAUUCCUUCAGUAUAAGUGUGUGGUAUACCACAGAAAUGUUAUCUCGGACUGCAACAGAAGCUGCAACGCACAGAAAUGAAUGCCCAUAAUGUAGUUACGUGAGCCAUCAGCAACCACGAAUAUUACUGUGAACAUUAAAACAAAAAUUAAACAUUUGCAAGUGAAUCCCAAUUUUGCAGGACUUGCCAUUUAUGCGACUAAUGGCUGGUUCCCAGAAGCGUUCAGGAGUGGGCAAGAAAGGAACUCUUGCAGUCAGCUAGUUGUUUGUUGACAAAAGAGCACCCAGGGCCGGUAUAAUGUAGCAAUUUCUUCUGCUCGAUUUUGCGCCAUUCUUAUCACCCAUCAUGCGCAGCCCACUGAUGACGUUAAUGACAGGAGGGGGGGAGCUUGAGAAGGAACAGCAUUGGAAUACAAUCGUUACAUUAUCCCGGCCUUGAAUUGUCUCGUGCCUGCUUCUUGAACACGCACAACUGGACUGUCAGUGUCCAGUGAUGCAGGGGCGGGCAGUUUUUUUCAUGUUUUUGCUGUGUGCAUGGAGAUGCUAUCACAAGUACCAAUCUCAGGAAUCUCUUGUACCUUGCACUCUCCCUCAUUUUUGUAUUGAGAGUCUGUAUUUUCUCUGCACCAGACAACUACAACCCGACUGGAUGUAUAUGAGGCUUUAUUGUUCAGAGCCGGCGCCACUCUCUUUCCUUGAGGGAUAAUGUAUUUUUUAAAACUGAACAGAUGCACCCUGCAGAAGCAAACAAGGCGGCCUUGUUCACAACAGUGCCGUAAGACAGUGCAAGGCUGCUUACAAAAUUUAAAACAGCAGGCCCCCUCUCCUCAAAAGAGAACAGGCUUGAUGUAAUGCAUAAUUUGUAGAUACAAGCUUGACUUGGGUAACCAGAAUGCAAGAAAUUGACAUUUGUGGCUUUCAUGGCUCUGAAACCUUGCACAAACAGUUGUACGCACUGAUCUUAGGCUAAUUUCAAAACGCCAUAACACUAACAAGUGCAUAACCUCUAGUUGGACUUACCUAGAGCAUAAAGUGGUUCUGAGAAACUUGCUGGAGGCACAAGGCUGUGUUUCUUAUUUUUCUAUAAGCCGUAUAGUGCCAAUUCCGGAGUUCUUGUUGCUUCACUGCAGUAAGGGUAGGCAGGGGUGCGCAGCUUGAACAAGCAGGCACUUGGUUUUGCCUCUGCAGGCUCCAAACCAUUUCGUGUUGAAUAUGUUAGUCACAGAGUCCUUUUGUGUAUUAAGGCUGUACUCUCACGUGUGCACAUUACUAACUGCUUCCAUCUCGCAGGGGCAACUUUUGCUUUUUGCUGUAUUUGGAAGAACUUGCCUGACAAGCUGCCUUUAAAUUUUCACCAAAGAUAUUUUGCAGUUUUCUUUUAAUGUGAACAACAAGUGUCCACUGAAAAAGUGUGCACAUUUCCCAACUGUUUUUAUUCUUUUACAAAAUACUCAACUUGUUUUAGUGUCACAUUUUACAUAAUGUUUGUUGGCAUUCUUAUGUGUAAGCACUGUUCACCAAUAUCUGCAUAUUCAAAUUGUGUACAGUGCUGUGCAUCAUGAUAAAGUAGUGUGGCUUUCCUUUGAAUAACUUUGUGGAUCUAGUACUGGCAUAGCUUCCUGCUCAUAAUUACUGGUUCCUGCUGUUUCUGAUGCUCUUUGGAGGCCACAGCAUUUUUCGCCACAUUGUUUCCACCAACUCUUCCACGUCUGUCAAAACGCUCGAAAUUUAGAAAAUGUUUAAAGGAAUUAAUGCUAAAGGCAGACAUUGGAUGAAUUUAGGAUGUUAGGUCAACCUUAUAGGAGCCUUGCAACGCUUGUUUGAAGCCGAGAGGUGACUUGGCUUUGAACAAACUGCAGAGAAAAUCUCAAGCCAAGGAUCCACACAAUUCUGCAGUUGAGGUCACUUGCUAUGAAGGGGUCUUUUGUGGAAGUAUCCUAAGCUAUGCCAAUGAUCUUGGAGGACAUGCUCUGUGUGGCACUGCAGCCUACUUGCGAGUCACAGGCAGAGGGUGCCAUAAGCUGAAAUGAAGCAUCUUAAGCCCAUAGUAGCAUAGGUGAUUUGCAAGCAGGGGCAAGUGCAGUCAUAUUGGCCAAGCUGCAUUUUCUCUCUUGUUAAAGUGAAACAUUGUUAAUUCACAAUGCAAUACAGUUGCUUAUUAUCGGCAACUGGCUGAAAUUUACCAUUUAUAAGCAGCACGCAUUGCAGCGUGGGUGUCACAUAUUUUUUGCAAUGGCAUCGCCAGGCCUGGUCAACAUCACUGUUGUGUUUUCACUUGCAGAAGCUCUUUUGUCAGCAACAGUGACACUUUGGGUACCUUGGAAUGCCCUAUUGUAUAGCAUUAACUCGAUUUAAUGCUUGCCCUUUGUGUUUCUUUAAGCACCAACUACGUAGAACAUACUUAUGACGUGGUGUUGACAUGCCAGUUCCAGAGUGAAUCAGGUGCAGCCCGUUCUGCUUAGAAUUAAAAAGCUCACAUUGUACAGUGUGAAAUGGUCAUUUCAACUUCAGGCAGUGCUACAUCGAAAAUACGUUGGAACGGUUUUUCACACGGUUAUCACUUGAGAGCUCACAAAGGAGAGUGUUUACUGCAAGCUCACUCAUUAUGCAUUACAAAAGCUGGCACCAACUGCACAUGUAUUCUUCCUGCUGCACAUUUGUGGUUUUGCUUCUAAUAAUGCCACUUCGAAAAGUGUAUCACCUUUUGGAAGAAGAAAAAAAAAGUGAAGGCACACAUUUAUGCUCGUACAAUCUGUGUUAUGCGUCUUUCAAGCCGGCAAGUGGUGCACGUGAAACACUCAUCAAAUGCAUGCUCUAUUUUACAAAAAAAUAUUUGUGGUCUCUUUCACCUGUUCUAUGCAGUGCAUGAAUAUGUGGAAUCGUUUUCAUUGCUGUUUUGUGCACAAUGUGUUAAAGUGCACUAUGAAAAGGGCAAGUUGCUAAAGUCCACUAUACGUUUUGUGGUUUGCUUUUUAAAUUUAUCUUUCUAUGCUUCGGUCAUACCAAUCUUGCCAUUUUAUAACUGACACAGUUGGGAGACUGUUGUUAUUCCAGUUUGCCGUUGUUUUUUUUUUUUUGGCCGCGAAGGCAUAGCCAAUUCUAGAAUGUUUCAAAUGUGCCACUUUUGUUUAAAACAUUGCUGGUAUGUGUAUCUGCUGCUCAGUCGCAGCAGCAAGGGCAUCCCUUGUUAUUAGCCCAUUUUGCUUUUUGCUUUGACAAGGCGUAAUGUGGUUGAUGGAAUACCUUAAAGGAAACCUGUUGCAUGUCACUUGCUUGAAUAUGUUGGCUUGCAGGACCAGGCAUGUAGCACUUCUUGUUUUUUGUUUGUUUUCUUUACUGGUGUUUGUGGCAGGCUGGAGAAGCUCCCAAGACUAGCUGGCAAAAGUGGAUUUAUUCGUAGCUGGCGUAAAUAAAGAAAGCAGCAAACUAAGAAUUACUACCCCAUCUAACAGUAUGCAAUGUGGCACCAUUAUGCAGAUGCCUUCAAAAUAUUAUGCUGCUAGAUGUGCAUCCUGGAAUAAAUCAGCGUUGCUUUGACUAUGGAUGAAAAAUAGUGAUUGCAUUACACAGCAUUUCAGCUUGUCUGAAAGUUCUUGUAUUCUACCAAGUUGUGGGGCUGAUGUCAUGUAAUGAAUGGCGGCACAGUAGAAAGCCAUAGGAAAGAGAAUGUGCAUGGAACUGUAGUUUUCUCACGGAGAAAGAGAAACAAAAUUGUUUCUGCCUGUGUAUUUUGAGUUCUCCAGACUUGUCAAACACAGUAAUAAUUUAUAUGGGAAGGGAUCGAUGUGUGUCACCUGGCAGUAGCAUCGUCAAAGCUGGCUUUGAACAUGUCUUUUUUUUUUUCUUUGAAUGAAUGAUGUGUGUGCAGUGAAUAAAGAUCCUCGCAAAAUAUA